AUGGAACGAAAUAUAAAUGAAUAUAGUGAAUUAUUUUAUCAUUGUAUACAAGUAUUAAAUGAAUAUAAUAAUAAUAUAGCAGAAGAAAUAUUUUUACAAGAAUAUUUUCAAUUAAAUAAAAUUUCUAAUCAAUCAUUUAUAUCAACAGUUUUAAUUGAUUGUACACGUCAUGCAGAAUUACUUAAAACAAUCAUAGAUAUUUUUUAUAAAACCGAUGGUAUUAAGAUACGAAAAUCGGAACAAAAUAUUUAUAAAGUUCUUAUUUAUAUUAUUAUUUUUCAACUUGAUUCAGUUGAUUUAAAACUUUUACAAGGAUUUAUUUAUUCCGUACAGUUAUAUCAUGUACAUCAGUUUUUACAAUUUCUUAUUAAUGAAGAUUAUAUUUCAAUUAUCAAAACAGAAUGUUUGAAAAUAUAUGAUGAAGAAUAUAUUGAUGAAAAAAUUCUUCGAGUUAUUGAAAAACAUCGUUCAAUUUUACGUGGUAUUUUACUUGAUAUAAAUAAUAUCAUGGAAGGUCGUACAGCAACACGUCAUUUACCAGAACCAACAAAAACUAAACCAUUUAAUCUUACUGUACCAAAAGAACGAAUUAAUUCUAUUCCAAAAAUUAUACCAAAAAUAGAAAAAUAUCGACCACCACCAAAAUCAACUUAUGAACGAUCAAAAGAACAAAAUGAAUUAGAAAAAAUACGCGAAGAAAAUCAUCGACAAGGUUUACAUAAAUUAAAUCGUACACGAUCAUUAUCAUUUCAUUAUAUGAAAACAGAAAAAUCAAAUAAAACUCAAAUUAAACAAGCAAAAUUUAUUGAAGAAAAUGAAAAAUAUCUUCAUGUUGAACAAUUUCAAGCAAAUCCAUUACCAAAAUUUCAGACAAAUAAAAUUCCAGUUAAAUUAAAUGUUGCUGCAAUACUUAAAGAAAAUCAAUUAUUUAAAAAACAAGAAAAUAAUGUUCGUCAACGUUUACAUGAUUAUGAAUAUGGUGGAAAAGAUGCACAUGAAUUUUUUCAAUGGCAAGAAACAAUGCAAAAACAAGAUUAUGAACAACAACUAAUUAAUAUUGAACGUAGAAGAUUAGAAGGAAAAAUAAGUUAUGAAGAAGCUAUAUUUGCUAGACAACAUUUAAUUGAUGAAAAUCGACAUAUAGCUGAUGAAAUAAAACGUCAAACACGUGAAGCAAUUGAAAUACAUGUUAAAGAAAAACUUCAAGAAGAACAAAGAAUGAAACAAUUAAUUGAAGAAAUUGUUAAUUCACGAGAUAAUGCUAAAAUUGCACAACAAAAACUUCAACAAUAUAAAGCUGAUUUUGUUAAACAAUAUAAAGAAGAAAUAAAACAAUUAAUGAAACAAGCACUUGAAGAGGCAGAAGUUGAAAUGCGACAACGUGCUGAAUUAAUUAAACAAAUUCGAGCUUUUGAAUUAUUACCAGUUGAUCGAUGGAAACCAGUUGAUUUAACAUCUGUACAUGGUUAUGGUUUUUUUGAUGAAAUGUCCAUAGCUGAAUUAUAUGAACGUCUUGAAUUAAUAAAACUUGAACGAGAAAAAGAACGUGAAUUAAAACGUGAUCAAAUUGUUAAAGAUAAACAAACAAAAGAAAAAAUGAUAACAAAUACAAUUCAAAAUAUUGCUAAAUAUAGAAAUGAUUUAACAGCACAAGCUGCUAUAAAAAAACAAAAAAAUAUAAAUAUACCAGCAAUUAUUGAUAAAAAUAAUUCAGAACUUCAACAAUUAAAAAAUCAUUUAGAAAUAAGACGAGCUCAACGUUUAUCAAGUCAACAACAACAACGAGAAAGUGCCUUAUUAUCUGGAUCGUUUUCUAAGAGUUAUACUUCAUUCAGAUCAAGUACUGAAUGGAAUCGUUUUGAUCAAAUAGAAAAAUCUUGUGAUAAAACACAAAAACGUAUUGCACCAUCGCUCAUUUCAUGA